AUGGCCGACGCCUCAUCACUCGCAACCAACGGCCCUAUCAAACAAGAGCCUACCAACCGCCGCGUGCGCGCCCUUCUCGGCGGUCAGUGGAUCUUUGACACGCUGGACGCGGUCUAUGUCUGGGAACAUAAGUACUACCCUGUGUACUAUGUCCCGGUAGCUGCCGUCCUGGCCGGGCCAGGCAAACUCGACAAGAAUGACGGGCCCACUGACAAUGGCGUUGUCCUUGCCACAUUGCAGAGCAACAGCAAGGCUGCCACGGUGACCAUUUUCGAAGCCGGUCCGCUGGCCGGGCUUGCUAAGGUCGCCAGCGAGACGCUCGAGUGGUAUGCAGAAGACGAGAAACUGCUUGGAUCACAUCCCAAGGACCCCUAUACUCGCAUCGAGUGCCUCCCCUCGUCACGCCCUGUACGUAUUGAACUGGGCGGCACAGUUCUCGCCGAGAGCCGCAACAGCAUCUUCCUGCACGAGACGAAUCUGCGCACGCGCUACUACCUGUCCCCGACGUCAGUCAAGGACUGGAGCGUUCUGAAGCCGAGCGAGACGACAAGUUUCUGUCCGUACAAGGGCCAGGCGCGUUACUACCACGUCGUGCUGCCGGACGGACGCGAGGUGAAGGAUGGUGUGUGGUACUACCCGUUCCCGACACUGGAGUCAGCGGUCAUUCAGAGCCGGUUGUCGUUUUACAACGAAAAGUUUGACGUCUUUGUGGACGGGGUCAAAGAGUAG